GAUGCCAACUCAGCGCGCCCUAGCAAAGAGCUUCGGACUCAAUAGAAAGCGAGAUCUACUGCGUUUUGGGCAAGCGAUCGAUAUAUCCCGAGAGUAACAUGAUACAAAUCCUCCCGAUGCACACAACGGAACGCCUAUGAAAGCCUCAAGGGUCCUUUGUAUCGGCCAACUUUAGCAGGAACACGCAGCUCUAGCAGAAACAUCUCAUGUUAACCCCAUUCCCAUGACAAUCAGAUGAUCCCGACAGUUUCGGAGUCGAGGGACGGAGAGUACAAAAGGGCAGGGCGCCACUGAGUGUUGCAACUGUUUUCCGUGAUGGAAGACGCGCGCAACGAGCCCGUCUGCAUUGUGGGCAGCGGCGCGGCGGGCUUGAUCACUGCGCACACUCUGAUUAAGGACGGCUUCAAGAACGUGCAGAUAAUUUCGCGCGAUGCGGGCCCCGGAGGCGUGUGGGCGCAGGAGCGUGUCUACGACGGGCUUUUCAUCAAUAACGUCAAUGGCGAAUACUGCUUCUCCUGCCUUGAGAUGACCCCGGCCGACCCUCGCAAUCCGAAUCUUUCGGGCUUCGAUAUGUGUGCCUAUAUGACGCGCUUCGCGGAGAAGUUUCUCCAGGGGAAGAUCGUGUACGAUACGGAAGUGCGUCGAAUUCGGCGUGGCGAGGGCGGGCACGGCUGGGAGCUCGAUGUCAGUAGCAAGGCUGCAGGUGAAGAUAGGGUCAUCAAAUGUGCUCGUUUGGUCCUGUGCUCAGGGGGCUGUCACGAGCCAUCCAUCCCGCCGAACCUCACGAUGACGCGCGCCAAGGAGUCUGGCUUCCAAGGACGCGUCUUGCAUACGUCCGCCUUCCGCAAAACCCUCGACGGGAUAGGCCCCGAAGGCGCGGCCGCCCUCGGCCGCAUCGUCGUAGUCGGCGGCGGUAAAUCUGCGCAGGACGUCUGUGCCUACUUCGCGCGGCGGUCCAUCCCGGUGACCAUGGUCUUCGAGAAGGCGGACGCGUUCAUAUCCACGUCGAAGCCGCUGCCCGAGUUCAUCCGUAAGAGCCGCUUCCUGGGCAUGCUAUCGCCCCACAUUCAUCUGCGGACCGCGCUAGAACGAUUCCUCCACACCACCUGGCUCGGCAGCAAGCUCGUGCACCUCAUCUGGAGCGCCAUCGCGCAAAGCUCCUACGCCGCCCAAGGUUACCCCGCCGACUCCCCCAUCCGCAACGCGACGUCUAUCUUCUGGAGCGUUCGCACUAACGACGACGGGCCGCGGCGCGAUGACCAUUUCCACGCGCUGGUGAACGCCGGGAAGAUAGAGCUGAGGGCGCCGAAUCGCGCGAUAGGGUAUUACGAGGGUGGCGUCGUGCUGGCGGAUGGGGCCAAGGUCGCGGCGGAUACUGUCAUCUUGGGGACUGGGUAUACGUCGUCGUGGAAGGGCUUGUUUGAUGAUGAGACUGCAGAAGACCUAGGCAUCAACCGCCAUCCGCCCAAUCCUGACAUCAACUUUGACCAUGAAUGGGACGAGUACCGCUCGCUCGACAAACCACCAGGAAAACACGCCCCGUCGGAGCUGCCAGCCUCGUCCAUCUACCGCGGCCUAGUCCCUGCCAAGAACCUUUUCAAAAGGGACUUUGCAAUCAAUGGCGCCGUGUUCAACGCCAACAACGGGUACUGCUUCGAGGUCUUCGCGCACUGGAUCUCGUCGUAUUUCCUAGGAGAUCCCUUGCGACUCCCAUCGACGACAGAAGAGGCCAUGAUGCACGCUGAGCGGCAGUCUGCGUGGCUACGGAAACGCUACCCGGACGAACUGUUGUGGGUCAACGAGUCGUACAGCAGCAAUGUGACGUUUUGGGCGUGGCCGCAGCACGUUGACGACCUUCUCGAGGAUAUGGGGGUCCCGAUAUUCAGGAGCGGGGGGAACUGGCUGACAUGGCCAAUCAAGGUCAUCGACAUCAAGGAGAUCGCAACGUUGUUUGAGGAACGGCGAGCCUUGCGGGAAGCACGGCAGGCAAGGGGCGAGCGGUAGUCUUCGCACGGCUUAGCUGACAGGUCGAAAAGUACAUACACUGGUAGUACAACAACGCGAGGCUCUACGAGUCCUUCACGCCACUGGUCUCGCGCCAGCGGACGAAUUUUUGAAUCACUUCAGGUGUGAUCUGACGUUUCGUCUUCAUGGCCGCCUGGACAAAUGCUUCGUGCGGGACAUAUUCUGCGUUCAGGUCCCUCUUCAUUGUCAGCAGCGCCGCCUCCUGGCAAAGGGAUGCAAUUUCCGCGCCAGAGCAACCGUCGGUCUGGCGUGCGAUCUCUCCAACGUUGAGGUCAGGAGCGGUCUGCAUGCCUGCCGUCUUGAUUCUGAGGACAGCCUGGCGGCCCUCUUGAUCGGGCGGACCAAUGUAGAGAAGGCGAUCAAGG